AUGUAUCCAUUUUUUAAUGUUAAUGGAUAUUCUAAUGAUUCAAGUUAUCGAAAUUAUUUAAUAGAAAAAGAAACAGUUCAUUUUACUUUUUCUAAUAUUCAACCUUAUGAGAUACCAAAACUUAUAGAAACAUGUCCAGAGAUUAUUAAUAAUGAUAAAGAAUUUAAAAUUGAAAUGGAUGUUUCUCUUUUUUCUUCAGAUGAUUUAAAAGUUACUAUUAAAGAUAAAUUUCUUCAAGUUGAUGGAAAUCAUAAAGAGAAAAAUGAUAAUUAUGGAACUAUUCAAAGAUCAUUUACUCGAAAAUACCUUCUUCCAUCAGAUGUUGAUACAGAGAAUAUUGUUAGUAAACUUACAAAUGAUGGUGUACUUACUAUUGAAGGUACUAAAAUUUUUUCUAAUGGAAAUAAAACUAUUUCCAUUGAAUGUAACAAAUAA